UUAGGAAAAAACGAAUGAUUGUAUCCACCGACUAACGUUAACUUGUCAUAAAAACUGUCAAUGGGAAAAAGCUCGUAACUAGGUUAUGUCAUCGAAUCCAAAGUAAUAUUAUUUUUUUUAUUUGAAAAGAAGAUAGGUUAAAAUUCAAAAUUAUUGUUGAAUUUCAUAAAAAAUUAAAAUGUCUGAGAAUAAUGUAACUCAAGAACAAACGGUCGUCAACGAAAAAAAGGUCAAACAUCAAGAAAUCUAUGAUAAAUACAGUGAAUGGAUUCGACCCUGCUCUAUAUAUAAAGAUGAGUUUAAGGAAUGUAAGAGUUUCAAAGGACGUUUCAAUCAAUACUAUGUAUUUGGCGAAUAUCUGAAUUGUGAUCAAUGGCGAGAUGACUACAAUAAUUGUCAAAAACACAGUUGGUUUGAUGACAAAGAGGCCGGAACAUCGGUCAUUCAAAGUGAAUUGAGUCGACGGGCUGCUCGUCUCAAAGCACAUUAUGAUAAUGAUGUUUGGACAAAACGUGAACAUCCACCAUCCGAUUGGAAUAAACCAUUGCCCGCCUUCUUGGCGGAACGCUCCAAAUAUAGCUAUUUAACGCUAAAAGCUACAGAAUUAAAUGAGGAAGAACAACUAAAUGCAAAAAGUCUAUCUGAACCAAACAAAUCCAGUUUUUGUACAUUUAUGUAAAGCGAAUAAAUAAUAAUUACUUGAA